ACUUUCGGGUAACGUUAACGCUAACUGUUUAAAAUUGGUGAAUCUCAAAAGAAAUCUCGCGUUUGCCAAAAUCCCGAGUGUCUGAUUCUGACGUUAGUUGAUUUUAUUCCUCUGCAGUGACACUGACAGGCGGGGUUAUUAUUUAGAAAUUGUGUUAUUACGUUAACUUACAUUACCAACUGGUAAGGUUAAGACGCAUACUGGCGUUAGCUAGCCAUGUAUAAUUUGCUAAGCUAAUUACCUCGUUAACUUUCGCCGCGAAAUGGAUCCAAUGAAGUUCGAGACAGUCGGUAUAACGUUAACAGCUAGGUUAACGUUAGCUACCUAAUAACACACAAACGACGCAUAAAUGAUAACAUAAUAUUGGUUGUAUGGUGAAAUGUAAGUUUACAUACAUACCAAUUACGUUAGUUAGCUAAAAGUACUGGCACUACUGGCCAUUUUGUUAAACGCAAACAUUAACGAUGUAGCUAACGUUUGCUAAGCUAGCUAGCUAGCUAAGCUAACGCGGUGGUUUUAUUAUAGUGGUUGAAAACAUUUGCUUAAGAUAGAGAUCCACCACUUCUAUGAGUUAGUAUAAAGUCUUAACUAAGUUACCGCUAAUACUAUCGCGUUUUAAGCGUUGUACAGAAAGGACGACUAUAAUGAAUUAUGGCAACAUAGUACACAGACUUCUUACCCAACGCGGUCCUGCUGGAGCUGUUUCAAACCUCACAUCCGGCUCCGCUUUCUGGAGUCUUCUUGGUGCGCUGGCAGCCAUGGGGGCGCAGUUUCAUCUAGUUUACACCACAGUUUGCACAAGAUGGCAGAUGGUUUAUGACACCACAGUCGCACAGGUCCCAAAGUGUACGGUCCUUAAGACAUUACUGGUGUUAUCACAUUCAUGAUGUUUGUUGGGUAUAACGUUAUUUGACUUAGAGAUGUUUCCCAAAGAAAGUGUAAGUUAAUUUAGCUAGACCUGGGUUUAAGUUGCUAGUAACGUUACUACUAACGUUAUAUAACAGUUAGGUUCAGGGCUGUGUUGCACAACCGCACAACUAUUUUAGCUAUGUUGUUAUACUGUUGCUAAAGUUACUAACAUUGGUACUGUUUCAAACACAAGGACAAGUAUCCUGCUGCAUAUAUGAUCUGCAUUAACAACUAAUCUAGUAACGUUACUACUACUACUAAGUUACUACACUUAAAUUUACGGCCACCGUUGAGCAUACUGUAAUUACAAUACUAAAAACGUUCAGACACGUGAGCCUAGCUCCCAGGACACAUCACAUUUGUUUCCAGGUGAGAUUAGGUGGGAGGGGAGGAGGAGCCAGAAACAAAGGUGACAUCUCCGGAUCUGGAAACACAGGUUAUGACAGGCCAAAGUGGAAGAGAAGUUGAUGGAAGAAUAAGCAUGCCAUCAUAAAGUGGAUCCGAAGGGGAUAAGAAGAAGGAUCGGGGCAAAGAGGUACACAACGAGCCUGAUGGCACAGCAAGAAGAACCUCUGUAUGAUUUCCCAGAGCCCACCCAGCCAUCAGUGCACAAGUUCUUGGGGCAUCAAAGGGGACGGGCCUCUCUGAGAAGCAUCAGCGUCCUGGACCGUCUACUGCUCACAGUUCCUGUCUGGUUUCAGCUGUCAAUCAACCCUGCCACCGCACUGCACAUAAUGCAGAGGGAGCCUCCUGGGGCCUUCCUGGUGCGGAAGUCUCGCACAUCGCAGAGAAACGUGCUGUGUGUCCGUUUGGCGGAUGACAGCGUGCCGUCCUUUGUUCAACAGUUUGGCAUCAGGGAGGAACACUCCACUCUGCGUCUGGAGACUUCAGCCAUCAGCUUUCCAGAUCUCCCAAGACUAAUUUCCUUCUACUGUAUCAGCAGAGAUGUAUUACCCUUCCCUCUGGAGCUUCCUGAAGCCAUUGCAAAGGCAACAUCCCACAAAGAGCUUGAGUCCAUCUCACAUAUGGGAAUAGAAUUCUGGAGUUCCCAGCUAAACGUCCGGGGGCCACGAGAGGCACCUAAGCCUCAGAAGAACAUGGAGAAGAAGCCAGACACUGUAACCUCAGCCCUGACUGCUGCUGCUCCACAGACCAGCUCUGCUUCCCAGCCUAAUUCAGCCCCUCAGCCCGACUUGGACAACCACCUCAAGACAGCACAUGAAUCAGACACUGCCUCCAAACAAUCAGGCCUCAAUCCCACCCUGUUCCGUGAGUUUUGUCCAAUCACAACACGCAGCCCCAAAGAGCUGGACUGUGGCUCUGGCCAGGGCGCUCUCUGUUUCGUCAACCCCCUUUUCCUGCAGUCGCAGAACACUUUGUCCAGACGGCGUAUGUUCAAACACAGCGUCAAGGUUCGGGUUUCCACUGAGACGUCGACCAUGCUGUCGCCCCCGUUUGCCCCCCCUCCUCCACCACCUCUAAUGCCCAAAACCAAAAGGAAAUGUACAGUCCAGAAAUGUGGACAAGAAACCGCCCAUCCCAGUGAAGGCCUGGGCCUUUUACAGGGUGAGAACCCAAGUCAAGCCAUUCAGAUUCUCACAGUUCAGGACACUCGGACCCAGCCUGUGAUACAGGCUCAGGUGGAACCAGGCCCAAGUAAAGCUGGAGUCAUGGGAGAAGAGGCUACAGUUCAGCUACCAACAGUAAUAGAGCAACUUCCGGAUGUCUCAGACUACAUGCAGCCCUCUGCAAUGAUCAGUUUCUCGCAUUCUCCAGUUGUUUCUCCCACGGCGCCUUCCCUUUUCCCCAAAGUAUCUUCGUCCAGCUCGCCUCAUGACUCUCCAGGUGCUACUCCCAAUCUCUCUCCUUACCUCUCCCCAUGUUCUUCUCCCAUGGCGCCUCCGCUUUUCCCCAAAGUAUCUUCAUCCCGCUCUCCUCAUGACUCUCCCAGUGCUCCUCCCAAUACUUACCUCUCCCCAUCUUCUUAUCCCAUGGCGCCUCCACUUUUUCCCAAAGUAUCUUCAGCCCGCUCUCAUGACUUGGCUUCUCCCUCUCUGUCGCCUCAUCAAUCCCCAUCUCUUUCUCCCAAGGUUGUCUUUUCUCUCUCUCCAUGUGACUCACCAAGUGCUUCGCCCCCCCUUUCACAGUCCCCAUCUCCUCCUAAGCUCACCCCCUAUAUCUCUCCCAUCACCUCUCCAUCCUUCUCUCAGCUGGUAGAGCAGGCCUAUCACACACCUGCCUCAUCUUUAAGAUCAGAUCAUCAAAGACCAGUGAGCGAGGCUGAGGAGGAGGGAGCAGGAGUGGAUCAAAAUGAGGACGAAGAUGAUGAGGAACUGCACAAAAAGAGGGAAGAGGAGGAGAGGGGUCUGGUUUUACAGAUGAAUGCUGCCUCUCUAAAUGAGACAGACAGCUGCAGCUCCUUCAGCAGUGUUGAAGUAGCAGCAGAGACUCCAUCUCACUCACCCUACAAACAGGAAAUGGUACAAGCCUCCUCAGAACAUUUUAGACUCUAACUGACUACAGUAUGUUUUAUCAUGGAGCACUGUGUAGAAUCACAUAGUAUAAAUUCACAAGUUUUAUAAAACCAAAAAAGCUAAUGAUACGGGUUGUUUUGCAUGUUAAAAGUGCAACUUGUGUACAUGUUUUAUGAAGUUAUAUUGUGAACCAUUUUAAAGCAAACCCAAACAGAUUUCCUACCUGACCAGGGAGCCAUUUCUUUCCUUUUGAUAUCAGUAUUUUCUGAAUAUUAAACUGCAGGGGCAUUAAACUUGAGUUACAUAGUCCACCACAGGUGCCUUCUACUGUCAUAUCUAUUAGAAUAAAAGCUGAGAUUUCA